AUGAUUGGCCAAACACCUUAUAUUAUUGCUAGGGACUUGGCAGAGGUGGAUGAGAUUCUCAAUCGCCUCAGCUUCGACCGACGAGACGGCAGCUGUGUUCAAUGCGAUGACAGGUCGAAGCUCAAGUGCCCGGCCUGCCCGGCAGGUGAAAGUUGCCAGUAUACCGUGCCCGUCACCUGCUCACAAUGCGCAAAGGCUUUCUGUGUAGGAGAUGAUUCGGCUGGCAACGGGGUCCAGAAUGGUGGUGACAGCAGCAGUAACAGCGGCGGUCCCAGCGCAGGGCCAAUUGCGGGAGGCGUCGUUGGUGGUAUUGCCGCUAUAGCUAUCAUCACGUUUCUCAUUUGGAAAUUUGUGAUCAAACCGAAGCGGGCAUCGAACCCUCAUCACUCCGUUUACGAGUCGGAAAUAAAUCCUGCCCGCCACGUCGAGAAGGACGCUGCUUCAAGAAUGACGCGCCGCUCGUCAACCCACACAGUUCAUUCCAUCGCUUCAACGGUUCUCACACGGGCAUCCAAUAUCAUCCAGAUUGCUUAUAUCCCCGGUGUUACCAACCGCGCUACGCCAACCUCGCCCACCGUCCUGGUGCCUCCCGUUCCCCCGAUCCCUAUGCAGCACUCCGAGGGCAGCCGUCAUAGUAGCCAGGAUGAACAGCACUUCUUUGUUCCUGGCAACCUUCGAGACUCGACAUACUCGGGCAUCUCGUCCUUCUCCGACCGCACCUCGUAUGCACCCCGAUCCAGUAUCGCGUCUACAAUCUACGGCAAGCAGGCUCAGGUUCAGACGCCCGCUCAGACGGGCAUGCGCGCCAAGCCAACUGUUGUCAGCGUUAGGUCCGCUGCUGUUGGCGCUCCCGGCACGCCUCCCGUGCCUGCCAUUGACUUUGAGAGGUUUGGUGGCGGUCGACCUGACAGUGGUGCAAGCAACUUUAGUGUUGGCUCAACAUAUUUGAACAACGCAAACACCGCUCAACACGGGCGUGCCCAGGUUGUCAAGCUUGGCAGUGGAUUGAAAAAGAUUGAAAUUGCGGCCAGGUCUGAUGCCAGCGUCUCGUCGACAUCUUUGGUGUCUGCUACUUCGUCCAAGGAUAGCUCAGGUGCCAUCCCAAUCGUCGCAGAAUCGCCGUCAAACGACCAAGGACCAUUCUCGGACCCACCGGAGCGCAAGGUCAAUGCCAUUAGCACUCCUACUCUAGGCGCUGUUAUGGAAGAGGCCGAAGAGCGUCGUGGCGUGGACAAGACCGAAAGACCCGGCUCUGGGGAUCGUGGUCGAAGUCCCUUUGGCGAUGAGCACGCCACCAAGGAAUAA